UGGAAGCGGAUUUCCUAUCUCGCGUGCAUCGCCCAAUCCACAAAAUGUGUGGAUUCCACACUCCGUUCAAAAGUCUCAACCAUGUGACAGAGCAGUAUCUGAUUCCAUCUUCCAUUCGUCCAAAAUCUUCUGAUUCCGCCACAAUAGCUCAACUGUCGUGAUGAUCGCUCCGCUGCCGCGUGCUCGCGCUGGUAGCGUGAGCUCCACGCACCACAACUCUCUACGGGUGUUAUUAGGCGUGCUAGUAGCUAUUGCAUUGGGUGCGCUGGCGUUGGAGCUCUCGUUCGUUACCCCAGACACUAUAACUACCGAACCAGAAAAGAAUCAGGACAUUCUCCAUGUUCUGGACGCCGCUGCAGCCGCUGAAGACUCGGACAAACCACCCACAGGUGCCGACGCUUUCUAUCCAGACGAAGUAUUCGACAUUGACUGGAGUCAGCGUAUCAAGGAGAGCGACAUCCUACAUGAAGCGGCGCUGCAUCGUGGCUGUGUCAAGCACAAGAUGAGCGUAAUCUCGUGGAAAUUCGGCGAGGCGGGAGAGAACGAGACUCAGAAUCUGAUGCACGUGAUGAAUGAGAGCGAUCCGCAGCUGCUUGGCAAGCUGCGUCAAUGUCCAGACGUGGAUAUAUUCCUUCCUGAAGGUCUGCGUUCGUUCGGAUACUGCGAAGACGCCGCUGCAUACACGAAAUCAGCUAAACCGCUGUAUUUGAUGCCCAACAUGGAAAUGUACGAGCUCGAGAGUGAACACUACUGGAGAGCAGACGUAAUUCUGUGCAAAACGGCGCUCUGUGCUCGAUAUCUGAGGAAAUGGUUCAAGCAAGAGGGAAAUCCGCGAGGAACCAGAGUACUGUACACCCGCCACACGACCUCUAAUUUAGCAUUAACGUACAAAAGUCAAUUAACCGCAAGCGAGAGGCAAGCGAGACCCGAGAAAAACUUCUCGGACGUGACGUUCCUACACACAGCAGGCACCAGUAUCCAGAAGGGGACACGCCAAGUACUGGACUGUUGGCUGACUCGACCAGACUUUCCUCGACUGGAGCUACACAUGGCGCAAGAUCUUUUCGACGGCGCGUUUAAGACGAGAUAUGCCAGGAGGAUAGACAAGAGUAGGAACGUCGCUCUACACACUGGACGACUGGAACCGGCAGAGUUCGGACGGCUUAUCACCGACGCGGCGUACUUUAUGUGUCCGAGUCUACAGGAAGGUUACGGUCACUACAUUAACCAAGCACGAUCCUCUCGUGCCCUGAUAUUUACGACGGAUAUACCGCCGAUGAACGAGUUGAUCACGCCGUCGUCUGGCGCGUUAAUUCGAGCGAGAGCCAUCGCACACGAACCGCAAUUUUUAGGUGGGAAAUCCAAGAAGGAGCACGCGCUGAGAGGCGUCCCGGGCUUCGUCGCCGACUUCGGUGGACGCUCGGUAUGCAACGCUGUGACCAAGUUACUGCAGACCACGACACCCGAAGAACGCGCCGAACGCGCAGACAGGGCCUUGCAGCAAUACUACUUCGACACGGUCUUCUUCGCUCAAAAGAUGCAGGAACUGCAUGACUUUGCACGUGCUCACAGCCAUCUCGGCCGUCUACAUGGCGUGUUAAGACGACGUGAAGACACGCCCUUACCGUCCGAGCAAUGAAGAACUAGAUAGCUGAAUGGUGUGGCGUGGCCGGUUUUGAACAUGUCGGUAAUAAAGAGACGUUGUAGCAA